AUGGAUCAAACUACUGUCUAUAAUAACAUUGUUUUGGAUAUCGAAGGGACUUUGUGCCCUAUAUCUUUUGUAAAAGAUCAGCUGUUUCCUUAUUUCAUCAAAGAGCUACCCACAUAUAUUUCAAAGUAUGAUUUUCCCUUGGAUCCAGAGAAGAAGUCUAACGAUGAAAUAGAAAAAUUGUUAACCAAGUUUGACAAGAGUUUUUAUCAAAACAAAGAGGAAUUAUUGAAUCAUGUCAGAAAGUUGGUUGCAGAUGAUAUUAAAGAUCCAGUUUUGAAACAACUACAAGGGUUUAUAUGGGAACAGGGAUAUACAACUGGUACUAUAAUGGCACCCCUUUUUGAGGAUUCCAUAGAAGCCAUGAAACUGUGGUCCAUUUUGUGUGAUGGUCUCUACAUUUAUAGCAGUGGGAGUGUGAAAGCCCAGAAAUUGUUAUUUGGAAACGUUGAAAUCAAAAGAAGUAACGGAAGUUUAGAAUGUGCCGACCUCAACAACUUAAUCACUGAUUACUUCGAUACUGUAAACACGGGGAAUAAGACUAAAAUUGAAAGUUACAGCAAAAUAUUGAAGAAUAUAGGAGUAGUUGAUGAGGAGGGAAAAAGAAAAUGCCUUUUUUUGAGUGACAACCCAUUGGAAGUACAGGCAGCAAUUGAGGCUGGGAUGACCAGUUUUGUUGUAGAGAAACCCGGAAAUCACCCAUUAUCAGAAAAAGAUAGAAAAUCUUAUACAAUUAUUACAGACUUCAAGUCACUAUUUGGGUCUCAAUAA